CUAGAAUCUAGAUAAGUUUCCAACUUUCCAAGCGCCAUGUCUUCUUUGAAUUUGUGACGUUGCAAACUCAAUCUUGAAGGCCCAUGUCCAUCAUCAAGUCCUUGUUUUCCAAGUGUGCUGGAUUUUCGGGAGGCCUCAUCAGCGGAAGCAGCGAGUUCCCUCAAUUCCUCAUUCUGGGCCUGGACAAAUCGGGCAAGACAACCUUGCUCUACAGGCUCAAGAUUGGAUCUGGAUGGACGAACAUUGCCUCUGACAUGGCAGAUAUGCGAACACCUCAAGAUGGAAAGGUGGAAGACCCAGGCUAUCACUAUGAGGAGCUGACAAGGUCCUUCUCUGUGGGUGUGUGGGAAGUUCCUGGAACCGAAGCAAUGAGGCACAUUUGGAAGCUUUUCUACCAGUCCAUCAAGAUCCAUUGUGUCGUCUUUGUGGUCGCUGGGGAUGAGACCGAAGAAAGGAUUGAUGCAGCCAAGCGACACCUGCACGUACUCAUGAGCGAGGCAGAGCUCCGCAACACCUGCUUUUGCGUCAUCAUCAAUCAAAAGCUGGAUGAGAUGUCGAAUCCGGUUUGAGGGGCAUGUUUGCCCUGUGUGCUUCCUUCAUAAUUUCCUGCCCAAGGCAUUUCUGGUUGAAACGGCAGGUCUACGAUGAAAAGGAAGAUGUGAUGAAAUACAAGCUCGGACUGCAUGAGUUGCAUCCGUCCAUCGACUGGCGAACCAAGCAUUUCAUCAUGAACAUUGUCGAGCUGAAGGGAGAGUCAGACAAGGAAUGGGUGCAAGUCAUGCUAUUUGCCAAGGAGACUCUUUCCAACGCAAAGGGCUUUGGAUUGAAACUUUAGAAGCUUGAGAAAAAAGCGAACAAAGUCUAGAGCUCAGCAAUGUCUUGUCUCACCCUCCCGACAAAGUGCUGGAGAAAAGUCAACGAACACCUGGCUGCUUUCUACUUGUUUUGCACACGUUUAGGGCGUAGGUUUGUAC